CAACUGUCCGCUACUGUGAACGUGAUGGGACCGCGCACUGCAGUUGCAAAAACUACGAACGCAUUGGCUUGCUAUGCAGGCACAUCUUUGUUGUUUUCAAAAACUUGAAAAUAGAAAAGAUCCCUGACCUGUAUGUUACCAAUCGCUGGUGCAAAUUCCACUUGCUCAAACCAAUAUUGUUCGAUAUCGGUGGCUCAGAAAUGGACAAGGUAUCAUUUACGGAUCAAAAUAAGACUCUUGUUUCUCGAUUGAUGUCAGACAUCCACUUUUGUAUUGCCUUGGUGGAACAUAACCCUGAUCUGCUACUUGCCUUUUCCAACACUAUAAAUCAGCACAAGGAGGCGCUAAUCGACAAACUUCAAGAUGGCAAACUGUCUUCUGUCACAUCCUCGGUGUUUGAAAACUUUUGUGGCACUUCUGCACCUUCAGAAGUUCGUGUAUUACCCCCUGUCCAAGUAAGUACGAAGGGUAGCGGUAAGCGUAUCAAAGGAGGAAAGGAAGUUCGCAUUGAAGAAUCAAAGAAAACCAAACGCUUGUGUCGGACAUGCAAAGAAUAUGGUUUCCACGACAGCAGGAACUGUCCUAUGAACCAUGAGAAGUGAUAAGUCUGUUUUCAUGUUCCACUUUUAUUGUUUAUUAAAUUUUCAAUUAUUUAUAUUCCAUCUAUAUGUCUCUGUUUUUUUACCAACUCUUGUAUUCCUGAAUAGAAAAAAACAAUUCCAAUGCUCGAAUUGCUCAUUUUCAACACCAAUUCUUCCCCCCCCCCAUUCUCACAGUCAGUAACUCUCACCUCCCAUUAUAACAUGCUUUCUACUCAAUGUAUCACCUUCUUCUCUCCCUGUAGCAUUUCAUUUUUUUAAUACUGCAUAAAUCAGUUGUGUCAAA